AUGGUGGGCGGAAGAGCCAUGCGCUUGGCGCCGCCGCUGCUGCUGCUGCUGCUGGCGGUGUCCGCGACGCUCGCGCCGGCGGUGUCCUCUGACGGCGAGGCUACGACGACGACCGCCGCCGGCGGUGGCCAGCCGCCGGUGGCCACAGGGCAGCAGCCGGACACGAACGUGCUGUGCGUGAGCAAGUGCGGGACGUGCCCGGCGGUGUGCUCGUCGCCGCCACCGCCGGCCGCGCCGUCGUCGUCGUCGUCCGCCGGGGACAGCACCGCGCCGCCGACGUCGCCGAAGAGUGGCGGGGGCGGCUAUAGCUCGCCGCCGCCGCCGCCGCCGCCGGGGCAGAGCAAGGGAGCAGGGCGGCCCAGCAACUACUACUACCUCUUCACCUCCGCGGCGGGCGGGAGGACACGCGGCGGCGGCGCCGCCGGGGCGACCGUAUUGUACGCGUCGGCGCUCAUGGCGCUCGUCGCCGCUGCCUUGCAGUGA